AUGGAUUGGCAAGGACAAAAGCUGGCAGAGCACCUGAUGCAGCUGCCGCUGGUACUUUUUGCAGUGCUGGCAUUCAUCACAGGAUAUGUGUUGGGAUCAUUUCAGACAAUGCUGCUUAUAUAUGCUGCUGGUGUUAUAUUAACUUCUCUGAUUAUGAUUCCCAAUUGGCCAUUCUUCAAUCGCCACCCUCUCAAUUGGUUAGAUUCAAGUGAAGCUGAAAAGUUCCCCAAGCCACAGCCUGCUAAUUUGGGCACGAAGAAGAAAACGUCUAAGAAGUAGGUCAUUUGAUUGACUACUCCUAACUAGGCUUUCUACAUUGCUAGAGUCUUCCCAUGUUUCAGGGAUGUAUUGAUACAUUUCAUGGUGAAUUUUGGAUCAAUGGACUACAUGAUUCUUGUCUGCAUGGAAAGUAGUAUAACUUUAUGCAAUGUUGGAAGGAAGUUUUCUGUUUACAAUGAUUUGGCUUUUAUCCUUUUAUUUACGAUGUUUUGUGCAUUCCUCCUGUUACCUCUGUAUGUUGAUGCAAUGUGGACUUAGUUGUUCUGUUCGUUUCUAA